AUGGCCCCAUCCGCGAUCGACGACCCUCUACCGCCCUUGCCUAAGCGCGAGGAGAAGACAUACCCGCCUGCCCGCAUAUGCAAUGUCAAGGAGACUAAAUUCGAGAAGGCGGUCGAGAUACAGACAGACGGCCGGCGGCAAGCCCUCAGCCGCACUGAUGGCAGCGCCGCCAUCGUCAUCGACAAUGGCUCGUCGGCUGUGCGCGCGGGCUGGUCCUUCGAGUCUCAGCCCAGGAUCAACAUUCCGCCGAUAAUGGCGAAAUACAGAGAUCGCAAGCUGGGCAAGACAUAUUCCUUCGCCGGCACCGACUGUUAUGCCGAUACCACAGCGCGUGGGCACAUUCGCAAUGCCUUUGAGGCCGGCAGUGGUGUGGUGGCCAACUGGGACGUCAUGGAGCAUGUCCUAGACUGGACCUUCCUCAAGCUCGGAAUGAAUGCGGCAGAUGGUGCUAUCGACACCCCAAUCGUCAUCACGGAGACGGUGGCUAACCUGCCGUAUUCCCGGAAAUCUAUGAAUGAGAUCAUCUUCGAGUGCUACGGCGCGCCAUCGCUCGCCACCGGAAUUGACUCGCUUUUCUCAUACAGGUACAACAAAGGCCAGUCAGGUCUGGUCGUGUCAUCUUCCUACAGCUCGACGCACGUCAUUCCCGUCUACAACCACAAGGCUAUGCUUGCCCAGGCGAUAAGGCUGAACUGGGGCGGUUGGCACGGGUCAGAGUACAUGCUCAAGCUUAUGCGCCUCAAAUACCCCACGUUUCCUGGCAAGCUGAACGUGUCACAGGCGGAGAACAUGAUCAAGGAUCACUGCUAUGUUUCCAAGGAUUACGACAACGAGCUGCGUGGAUAUCUGGACUGGACAGGCCUCGAAGAACGUGAUGUCGUCAUCCAGUACCCAUAUACCGAGGAGGUCAUUGUUCAAAAGAGCGAGGAAGAGCUGGCCCGAAUUGCAGAGCGCAAGAAGGAGAGCGGGCGCAGAUUGCAGGAACAAGCCGCCAAGAUGCGGCUCGAAAAGCUCAUGCGCAAGGAAGAGGAGCUCGAGUACUACAAGAAGAUCCAGGAGAAGCUGGUCGACGCCACCAAGAAGGAGACAAAACGGCUUUUGGACGGCGAAGACAUGAAGGAUGAGGCACAGCUGGAGCGCACGAUCAGAGAUCUGGAGAAGUCCGUCAAGAAGGCUCGUACGAAAGACGUUGGUGGCGAGGUCGAAGAGGAGCAGCAGGAGGCGCCAGAUUUCAGCCUACUCGACGUUCCUGAUGAGGAGCUGGACGAUGCUGGCAUCAAAGCCAAGAGGCACCAGCGUCUGAUGAAGUCCAGUCAUGAGGCUCGAGCGCGUGCCAAGGCCGAGAAGGAGGCCGAGAAGGCUCGCAUCGCGGAAGAAGAGAGGCUAGACCAGGAGCGCCGUAUCAACGAUCUGGAAGGAUGGGUGCAAGAGCGGCGCGCCGCGAGGAACGAAGUCUUGCAGAGAAUGAAGGAGAGAGACCGCCUCAAGGCAGACCUGGGCAACCGCAAGUCGCUCGCGUCACAGAUUCGCAUGAAGUCCAUCGCCAACCUCGCGUCAGAUGGUCCGAGGAACAAGCGGCGGCGAGGUGGCGAUGAUGACACAUUCGGUGCUGACGAUGACGACUGGGGUGUCUAUCGUCAGAUCGCCGUGGGCGAGGGUGGCAGUGACGAUGAGGAGGGCGAGGAAGACUUCAUGGGCAACUUGAAGACUCUCGAGGAGGACCUCCUCCGGUAUGACCCGAAUUUUGGCCACGACGACACUUGGGAAGCACAGAAUGACUGGGACAAGAGUCUAGUCCACGCUUUCUUGAGAGGACCUCGGCCCUUCGAUCCAAGCAAGCAGUCCGAGAUUCACCAGCUGCAUCUCAAUGUUGAGCGCAUUCGUGUGCCCGAGAUCGUCUUCCAGCCAUCCAUCGCUGGAGUGGAUCAAGCCGGCCUUGUCGAGAUUGCCAGCGACAUUCUGAACCAGAGACUCGUUGGUCUACCAGGGGUCAACCGCGACGACUUUUUGCGGGACGUGUUCUUGACUGGUGGCAACACACUUUUCCCGAACUUUGACGACCGUCUGCGCCAGGGCUUGACCAUGUCGCUGCCAGCCGAUUCACCACUGAAGGUCCGGCGCGCGGGCGAUGCCCUGCUCGAUGCCUGGCGAGGCGCCGCGCAGUGGACGGGCAGCUCGGCUUACAGAGCGGCCACAGUCACCAAAGCGGAAUGGCAGGAAAAGGGCCAGGACUACAUCAAGGAACACGACCUUGGCAACUCGUAUGCCUGA